AUGAAGCAUGCUCACUGCAAGGGUCAAGAUGAAGAGUCUAGUAUUCUCGACAGUCAAAAACACCUUGAACUUGUUGAUGUCCUUAUUUUUGCCUUAGCCUACUUGGAUUAUUUGGUAUCUACUGAAAUAAUAGCAACCACUCCUUAUUUCCUUAGUGAAGAUGUGGAGGCUGUCACUCAAGACACAGAGGUUGUUACUGAGUUGGUACCUGAGGAUACCAUCAAUGAUGAAGAGGAACCAGGUGAUGAUGCUCCAUUGGAGCUCCUCUUGCAGUUUGUUGCAUCUGGCAUCAAGUGUGCACCUGAUGGGUACAGGAUUGAUGCAGAUGGGUUGCUGGUUGUUGACUCUGCCAGUGAUACAUUCAAGGAGGUUGCCAUUUCUACUGACCCUGAUACUACAUUUGGGAGGGGAAAGCACAGACAUGUUGCAAACAAGCAAUAUGAUGCAUUUGAGGAGCACUAA